AUGGCUUCCACCGUUGAACUGGCAUCCUCCUUCAUCGAGGGUGCCCCGCCCGGAGAGCUCGCUGAUGUUGUCGCCGGUAAAUCGCUCUUUGGAUCCUACACUCCCCUCGAUUCUCGCAGUCCUGAUCCUUAUACGAACGGUAUACAACGAGACGCAGCUCGCCACAGUGAAAUUGCCGGGAUCAAGCCAGGAGGUGGGUUUCGUCCGGAAGUAAUCUGUCUCUGCGGUGAAGCUGAUGCUUUGACUGGAAAGGUCAUCGUUAGCGAAUUUAACCAGCUAGACGACAACCGAUACUUCGAUCCAGAAAGCCAAACCUCGUUCGAGGUCGAUCACAUUACACAGACUGCCUCUGCAGCACAAUCAUACCCUCUGGAAUCGGAGAAUGCGGAUUUGAUCAAAUCGCUCCUCAAGUCGUUCGGUGCUCACGCCCGUGAACACUAUCCCAACUGCUCGUAUGGUGUCUACCCCAUUGAGAAUGACUCCGCCGUCGCCAUUAUCUUGGUCGCCAACCGAUACUCUCCCAACAACUUCUGGAACGGUCGUUUCCGCGCAAUUUACCAACUUCCCGUCUCCUCCUCGUCCUCUACCCUGACCGGUAACAUUCACGUUGAUGUGCACUACUACGAAGAUGGCAACGUGGCACUCAACACUACUAAGCCCAUCAACAUCAACAUCCCCUCUGUGUCGGCCGAAUCAAUUGUCUCGCGAAUCGCUGCGGCGGAGCGCGAUUAUCAGGAGGCGCUAAACCGGGCCUUUGUUCAAACGUCCGAAGGCGUGUUCAAGGGUUUGCGCAGACAACUUCCCAUUACACGACAGAAGGUGGAGUGGGAGAAGGUCGGUGGAUAUCGUCUGGGUCAGGAUAUUUCUGGCGGCAAAGGGCGAUAG